UCCCCUUGUGACGCAGUAGAGCUGGAUGUAGGAAAGUAGUACUAGGCGUGAAAAUACGGACUAAGUCUACCGAUGGAACCAGAUACUCUUCCGCUUUAGCACAUACCUGUCCGCCACACAAACUAAUAACGUGUUAUCCGAGGGCAAAGAUGUGUGAUUAACAAGAUGUCACCACAUUCAAUCCUUACUCUCUUAACAACAUUCGCCAUCAUACAGCUAGCCAAGGCCAUAUUCUACACUAACAAGGAGGGCAAUGAUUUUCCUAGAAUUGGUAAACGGCGACAUCUGUAUCAAUCUGAAGCUUGGUCACGUGACUCAGUCCCCUCUGACGGUCUUCCUGGAGAGACAGACCGACAGAUGGAACCUAUGUAUAAUCAAGACGAAGGGGAAAUACCAAUCACUUCCAGACGUGAACACCAAAAUCCAAUGUCCAGUUACUCUAAAGCUAUGUACUAUCGGGCACUCGGCCUAAACGGUUACCGUGCAUUUUCCAAAAACAAGGUCCAGGCGUCUCCAAACAAUGGAAUACGAGGAACACGUACAUAUUACUAACAGCAGGGGUCACGUGAUCUCAUUUCCCCGACGU